AUGGCUUUACCUACACAAGAAAUUAUAGAUAGAAAACUAGACUCUAAGGUUAAUGCUUUAGAAGAAGCUGUUCCCAUGAUUGGUCAGGAACAGACCUCUUUUAAGGUUCGCCUUGCCUUGAGAUGUCAUAUUGAUUUUCAUUGGAUUUGUGUAAUGCCCCUAAAAGUUAACGAAUCUCUGCAUAGAAUAUUCUCCCAGAGAAGAUCUUGGCCAGUAUGGAUGGUGAUCCUUAUCUUUCUUGGAGUGACAGCAGUCUUGGGAGUAACUAUUGGUUUCCUUGUUCAUUUUCUGGCAGUGCGAAAUAUUUUCUAUUACCAAGGUGAUUUUCAUAUUUCUGGAGUUACACACAAUGAUAGUUGUGAAAAUGGAGCUUCACAAGCCAGCACAGAUCUGGACAAAAAUAUAGAGACUAAGAUGUCUGAUGUUUUUCAAAAUUCUAGUAUAUAUAAAGAAUAUAUCAACUCUCAGGUCAUCAAACUUCUGUAAAACAUUUCUGUUGUUUCUUGUCCUGAUCCCAAAGGUUCAAGGGUACAGUUACAACUGACAUUCAAGUUUCCUCCAGCAAAAAGGCACAGCAUGAAGACUGAAAUUGAAGCUAUCUUACAUCAGAUAUUGAAAAACAACAUGGCAUCCUGGAAUGCAGUCCAUACUUCCUUUAGACUCAUAGAACUCAGCAAGGCUAAUGUUGAAAUGCUUACCAACAACUGUUGUGGAAGACCAGCCAACAGUAUCAUGGCAGGCAACCAAAUUGUGAAUGGGAAGAAUGCCCUGGUGGGGGCAUGGCCAUGACAAGCCAGCAUGAAAUGGAAAGGCCAGCACUUCUGUGGGGCAUCUCUGAUCAGUAGCAGGUGGCUAUCAUCUGCAGCUCACUGCUUUGCUGAGAAAAAUAAUUCAGGAGAUUGGACUGUCAACUUUGGAACUAUAGUAAAUAAACCAUAUAUGACACAGAAAGUCCAAAACAUUAUUUUUCAUGAAAAUUACAGCAGCGUUGUGGUUUUUAAUGAUAUUGCCCUUGUACAGCUUGCUGAAGAAGUCUCUUUUACAAAGAAUGUUCACAGGAUUUGUCUUCCUGAAGCCAAAAUGAAGCUUCUGGAAAAUGCCAGUGUUGUAGUUACUGGAUGGGAACACUUUAUGAAUGGUCCUCUUCCAGUGAUACUUCAAGAGGCCUUUGGGAAGGUUAUCGACAACAAAGUUUGCAAUCAUCCACAUUCAUUAUCUGGUCUGGUUACCAACAAAAUGCUAUGUGCUGUAUUUAAGUCAGGAAAAGCUGAUGCCUGUCAGAAUGAUUCUGGUGGACUGCUAGCUUAUCCUGACUCUAGAAAAGUCUGGCACCUUGUUGGAAUAGUAAGCUGGGGUGAUGGAUGUGCUAAAAGGAAUAAGCCAGGUGUUUAUACUCCAGUCACUGCUUAUCAUGAUUGGAUUACAUCCAAGACUGGGCUCUGA